AUGGCGCCACCGUCCCGCUCUCCAGACGUUCCAACUCCACCCAGCCGGAUCCCCGUUCGCUCCCCGCCCGCAAGCCCAUCACAACGAGACCUCGCCCACGCACAGCCUGGAUCGCAGCCGAUGCGCCACGAGACGGAAUUAAUAGUAUUCUUUCCUCUCCCCAGCACCUUCAAAUGCACUGAAAAAGGCUGCUCAACGAGCUACUCACCGGCAGUCUGGACAUCGCGACGGCAGUCUCUUCAGCGACACCUCGAGCAACAGCACGGCUGCAGGAUCGUAACUACAACACAUUUCUGCACUCUUUGUAGGACAAUCCUAGGAUACCGGCCGACAUCUCACGGAUGCCUCACUAAAGGGCAGCACGAAUUCAGCACGCCGACCCAGAACCAGCACAAGUGCACUGAAUGCCCGUAUUCUUUUCCUUCCAGAAAGGGACUCGACAAUCACCUGAAGGCACACCGGAGACGAGCGGCCGCUCAGCAAGCAUCGUCCGCUAAUCAACCGGCUUCGCCAACGACUAGCGACGACACUAACGUCGAUUCUCCCAUUUCAGUCACGAACACGACACCGGCCCCCUCGAAUGAGCCCACGCCGGCCUCAACACCUGGCACUCCGAGACGCGGCAGCCCUAACGUUGACUCUCCCAUUUCAGUCACGACCACGACACCGGCGCCCUCGAAGGAGCCCACGCCGGCCUCAACGCCUGGCACUCCGAGACGCGGCAGCCCUAACGUUGACUCUCCCAUUUCAGUCACGACCACGACACCGGCGCCCUCGAAGGAGCCCACGCCGGCCUCAACGCCUGGCACUCCGAGACGCGGCAGCCCUCCGACUAUGACUUCAACACCGAACUUGACAGAAGCAGCGUCUCCGUCUCUUUCAGAAGGCGCCGACUCUAACGCACACCUUCUCCCCUCUCCCCCUUUGCAGCAGACAUGCGCCAAUGAGGACACGGCACACGACAUCUCGGCGAGCAGCACAACCUCCUCUCCCGAAGCGCCGAUGUCGCCUGCAGUCGCCGAGCACAGCGACGCGGUCUCCGAAGAAGCUGACCUCGUUUCUCUCGCAGGCACGAUAACAGACGACGGCGUGCUAACCAAGCACGCCAAGCAGCUGCGGCAGCUGCAACGAGAGGCGGUCUCGGACUCCGGGUGGCUGCAGUUCACCGAAAUCCUGGAAGACGCCAUACAGGUAGUGUCCGAGGCGGUAAAGCUCCCAGCAGCUUCCGCUAACGGGAAGCCGCGCCGCCCCCUGAAUCCUGAGAAUGCUCAGCAGAUUCAGAGACUGUACCGACGGAACCGUCGACGUGCAGUGAGGCUGAUCGUGGAGGGCGAGACACGUUUGUGCCCGAUCCCCCUUGACGAACUAGAAGAGCACUUCAGUGAGACUUGGGGGCCACGCGAAGCCGACACUACGCUCCUUCUGAGCAAGGUGAAGCGGAGCGACAUGGCCGAUGUCAGCCUCGCGCGAUUCACCGACGGUGAGGUAGUUUCUCGCCUUCGCAAGUGUGAGAACACUGCCCCCGGAAGUGACCGCCUCACCUACCAACAUUGGCGCUCAACUGAUCCAGAUGCCGUCUUUCUCACUGCAGUGUUCAACGUCUGCCUGCGGUACCGGAGGACGCCUGCUGCCUGGAAGGAGUCGCGGACCGUGCUGAUCUACAAGAAGGGGGACCCCAGGGACGCCGCAAGCUGGCGGCCCAUUGCCCUUGGGAGCACGAUCUCAAAACUGUACGCAGGGUGCUUGGCAUCUCGUUUGCAGGAGUGGAUCGUCUCUCAAGAAGUGCUCUCCCGUUGCCAAAAGGGGUUCCUGCCGUGCGAUGGUGUGUACGAACACAACUUCGUACUGCAGGAGCGCCUGGACGCGGCGAGAGCCGGCGGUGGGCAGUUGUGUGCGGCGUUCCUGGAUUUCGCCAACGCGUUUGGCUCGGUCCCCCACAACGCCCUCAUCGACGCCCUGCACGGAGCGGGCGCGGGAGCUGACUUCUGUUCUAUUGUUGCUGAUCUUUACAGGGACAACAAGACCAGCAUCAUCGCGGAGGCAGGGAGCACGUCACCGAUCGAGAUCUCCGCCGGCAUACGACAGGGUUGCCCACUGAGCGGCCUCCUGUUCAACCUGGUGCUCGACCCAGUCGUGCGUGCGCUACAGGGAGGCGACAAGCAGCACAACGUGCUCGCUUACGCCGAUGAUCUGACGCCGCUGGCUGACGACCCAGGUUCGCUGCAGGGCCGCAUUAACGUAGCGGCAACACUCUCGAGCCGGCUCGGGCUGCGUCUCAACCCCGCGAAGUGCAAGUCACUGCACCUCUCCGGGAAGACACCCGUGGGGACAAGACCUACGACCUUCACGGUCUACGGCACCCCAAUAUCCUCGAUCGGUGACUUCGAGGCGCACGCCUUCCUGGGACGGCCAGUGGGAUUCUCGGUGCUACCGGACCGGGCGACCGUGGACGAGGCCAUCAGCGUGGGUCGCCGCCUGCUCACCUCGAUGCUCGCCCCAUGGCAGAGAUUGGACGCCGUUAAAACUUUCGUAUUUCCGGCGCUCAACUUUUCCAUGAGGUGUGGCUCCCUUGGUAAAGCAGAGUGGUCUCGCCUGGACACAACGCUUCGCCCGCUGAUCAAAAAGACGCUCUACCUGCCCGCGAACGCUACCAACGACUACCUUUACGGUAGCUCCGCGGCUGGCGCGAUCGGCAUCCCGGUAGCAGCGGAAAUCAGCGACGUCUGCAGAAUUGAUAAUGCUUUCAAAUUGCUUUCUUCUGCAGACAAGGAAGUCCGGGACCUGGCGUUGCGGGCGCUCACGGACGUGACCAGCAAGCGACUGCGGCGGCCUGCAGAUCCCGGGGACAUGGCGGCCUACCUGAGCGGCGAGACGGAGGGAGAGUUCCGGGCCACGGCAACACAACUCCAGUCCGUGUGGACGGAGGCCCGCAAGGCUUCUCGGCGACUCGGUGUUGCCUGGGAGCUGGAAGAAGAAGGCCCGCGUAUCUCGAGGGGUGACGUGACACUUGGUCCGAGGAAGCGCACCAAGGUGGUGAGGACACUCCGGAUGGCACUGACGCACGCACGAAUUCACGAUCUCCACCAAAAACCCAACCAGGGGAAAGUGAUGGAGUGCGUCGCCGCUGACCGGAGCAGUUCCCACUUUGUGCGUACCGGCCAAUUCACAAGGUUUACCGACUGGCGUUUCGUUCACCGGGCUCGACUUAACGUCGUUCCCCUGAACGCAGCGAGGCCGUGGGCAACGGACGUGGACCAACGGUGUAGGGUGUGCGGCUCUCAUCCCGAGACGCUGCCACACGUCCUGUGUCACUGCAUGACUCACAGUCAAGCAUACACAAGCCGCCACAACCAGAUCGUUAACCGAGUGAAAGCCGCAGCCUCCACCAGGUUCACUGUCACCCACGAGAACCGGCCAGUGGGCACGACUAACCUUCGUCCCGAUCUUGUUCUUUGCAGAGGCGAGGAGGCGAUCAUCGUGGACGUGACCUGCCCCUUUGACAACCGGCCUGCAGCCCUGAUCGAGGCCCGCCAGAAAAAGGAGGAAAAGUACAAGCCAGUCCGGGAGUACCUGCAGCGGAAGUACCAGAAGGUGUCCGUGGAGGCGAUCGUCGUCGGAGCCCUCGGAUCCUGGGAUCCCCGGAACGACCGCGUCAUGCGGCGCCUUUGCAGCAAGAAGUACCUGCGGCUGUUCAAGAAGUUGGCUGUCAGCGAGACCAUCGCAGCAUCCCGCAACGUCUACGCUGACCACAUCGCCGCCAAGUGAAUUAAAACCUCACUGGGUAGACACACACUAAACUAACACACACCUUCAUGCCAGCUCAAAAACUUCCAACACAUACUUUACACACGCUAAACAAACACGCACCUCCAUGCCUGCUCAAAAACAAACACCAAACUCAAGUGCCAUUUUUGUGUCGUUUUUAACAGUCCUUUUUGGAAAAAAUGUAACAAACAUUUUUCUAAAAACCUCUGUUCUUAUCAGCUUAAUAUCUGAUACGGGUCCUAUUUGGACCCAAGAUAUUAAACUUAUUUUUGGAAUGGGGCGGAGUGCUUGAAGCUUGCUUCACCUCCGCCACGGGUUGGCCCGGUAUUGCACUGCCUCCGGGAUCGGCCCACUCACCCC